UACCUGAUACCUGCGCCGCUCUUCAUCUUCUUCAGGCCUCGCUCUUCAUCUUCUUCACCCUAACUGACCUGCGCCGCUCAGCCUGACCCGAGUCACCCCCUCACUUGUUUCUUCAUUUUCGUUCCCUCACUGCGCCGCUUAACCCCAGAGUCCCUCCCUCCCUGCGCCGCUUAACCCAAACUUCUGUCUUCAUUUUCGUUCACCCCUCACCUCUGAAACCUUCACUCUUGAAUCUUUCACUCUUGAACUGGUAUUUUUAGAGCCUUCACGGGUCUUCGAGUGAUCGGCGAGUCGAGUCUCUAACACCGGCACUAACCGCAAGCCCUGCAUUUCCCCAAACUCAAGUCAUGGAUGAUAAUUCAACUAGUGGUAAUAAGACUAUUGGUAAUCUUGUGAUUGCGAAAUAUAAUGCUGCAAAAAUAAGGCUAGCAAUUUCUAAGAUGAUAACUGUGGAUGAGUUAUCAUUUAGGUUUGUGGAAGGUGAAGGGUUUCAAGAUUUCAUGAAGACAGUUGAACCUAGGUUUUCAAUUCCUUCUCGUUAUACUGUGAUGAAGGAUUGUGUUAAGUUCUUUAUGUCUGAGAAGGAAAAGUUGAGGUCAAUGUUCUUGACAACUGGUGCUCGGGUUUGUCUUACCAUUGAUAGUUGGACUUCGGUGCAGAACCUUAAUUACAUGUGUAUCACCGCUCAUUUUAUUGAUAGUGAUUAGAACUUACACAAAAGAAUUUUAAAUUUUUGUUUAAUUCCUAAUCACAAAGGUGAGACCAUUGGAGAGAAGAUUGAGUUGUGUAUGCUUGAGUGGGGUAUUAGUAGCAUUUUCACUAUUACAGUUGACAAUGCUUCUUCUAAUGAUACCGCUUUGGAUUACUUAAAGAGAAGAACUGGUCAUAAGGAUGGUGCCAUAUUAGAGAAUCAGUUUAUGCAUGUGAGGUGCUGCACAGACAUAUUAAAUCUUAUUGUGUCUGAGGGUUUGAAAGAAGUUGAUGACUCCAUUGUGAAGGUUAGAAGUGCAGUGAAAUAUGUGAAGUCUUCUCCUUCAAGAUUUGAGAAGUUUAAGUAUUGCAUGAAAAGAGAAAAACUUACUUUCAAUGGUUUGUUGUGUCUUGAUGUUCCAACUAGAUGGAACUCUACAUUUAAGAUGUUGGAAGGUGCUGAAAAAUGUCGAAGUGCUUUUGAACUUAUGGAAGAGUAUGAUGAACAAUUUGUUUCUUCGUUGUUUGAUGAAAAAAAUGAUAAAAAAGGUUUGGGACCUCCUACUUUUGCUGAUUGGGAGCGUAUUAGGAUUUCUCUCAAGUUUCUCGAACUUUUUUAUGAUGCUAUAAUGGGACUUUCGGGGUCUUUGUAUGUGACAUCUAAUAUGUAUGUUCAAGAAAUUUAUAGCAUUCAAAUGCAUUUACAAGACUAUAGGGAGAGUGGUGAUUAUGUAUUGAGUGCUAUAGCGGAGAAAAUGAUGAUGAAGUACAAUAAGUAUUGGGGGGAUCUUGAUAGGGUUAACUUGUUGAUGUUUGUUGCGGUUAUACUUGAUCCACGAACCAAAUUGGGGGCAUUAGAAUUUUGGUUCAAAGAUGUUCUUAGUGUUGAGCAAUGUACUAAUAUGAUGAAAAAAUUGAGGCACCACCUUCAGAAAUUAUAUGAUCACUUCAACGUCGGAGAGAGUUCAUCUCAAGUUGAACAUGGUAGUAUAUUUCCUCAAGGUUUCUCAAUGAAUGUAGAAGAAACUGAAAACGUUUCACUUCACUUCAUGAAUAGGUUUCAUAAGUACCGAGCUUAUAAAAGUGAUGUUCAAAACAAAUCGGAGAUAGAGCGAUAUUUGAUGGAGGAUGUUGAAAAACCGAAUGCAAAUUUCGAUAUUUUAAAUUGGUGGAAGGUGAACUCAACCAAAUUCCCAAUACUUGCACAAAUAGCACGUAUUGUGUUGGCCAUUCCCAUUACAACAGUUGCUUCAGAGUCGGCAUUUUGCACUGGAGGGCGUGUGUUGGAUUCUUUUCGAAGUUCAUUGGCCCCAGGAAUUGUUGAAGCAUUGGUAUGUGCACAAAACUGGUUAGGAUCAAAACCCCUAAGUAGUGGCAAUGGUUAUGACACAGGGAUGAUUGAUGAUGCUGAAAGUUAUAAGCUCGAUUCAGAAAUAACUUUGAAGAAGAUGAAUAUUUUACUCGAGGAUGAUUAGUGACUUGAAGUUGCAUUCUGCUUGGUGGCUGUUAUCUGCUGGAUUUUGUUGCUAGGAGCCUAGGCAUGGAGGAUUAGUUAUUUGUUGGCUACUAGCCUGUAUUUUGUAACUUUUAUUUUGUUAUGUAACUUUAAGUUUUAUGUGUGCUACUAGUUUGGUUUGUUUGUGUUGUA